GGGUGUGCUCCUCCGCGCUUCGCCGCGACCGCUUGCAUCCUCGACAUCAACUGAAUCCCUUGUAAAGCAAGCUCCUAACACCCACCGCACGCGGCCACCCCACGCUGACACAGGCGAGAGCGUGCAGACACAACGGCUCCUGGAGGAUACCAAUCAGCAACUGCCUCAUCAUGCCGCACCCCACGCCCUCCGCACCCGAAGCGUCGCCCUCGCCCACUUCGCACGCCGCCGAUGCAGGCGCACUGUCUGCCGCUCCUGCAAAGCUACCGCUCCACUUGGGGCAAGAGGAUGUGCGCCGUCCUUCCAUACAAUUCUUAGCAAACCAAGGCCGGCCCAAGCGGAGCGACAGCCCGAAGGUCAGGCCGCAGCGUCGCCUCUCGUCACCUCCCCCUCCCCCUGUGUUCCAGCAACGUGUAUCUUUCGACACAUUCGACAAGCCUGCCGAUUUCAUCGAGGAAAACUCCUUUACCUUGAGCAGGAAACACAAGGACUACGAGUACACCAAGAGAUCUCGGACGUUUCUCUGUGGCCUGGACUCUAACGACUACUCGGAAUAUGCCCUUGAAUGGCUCAUUGACGAGCUGGUGGACGAUGGAGAUGAAAUUGUGUGUCUUCGGGUGGUUGAAAAGGAUGACAAGGUUGCCGCAGACAGCAGUGUCGAGCGUGGUAGAUACCGCGAAGAAGCAGAGAGGUUGAUGGACAGAAUCCAGAUGAAGAAUACCGAGAAUAAGGCUAUCAAUCUCAUUCUGGAGUUCUCCGUUGGAAAAGUCCAAAAGGUCAUUGAAGAAAUGAUUAAUCUCUACGAACCUGCGAUUCUGAUCGUAGGCACUCGCGGGCGUAGCCUUGGCGGCUUCCAGGGCCUUUUACCAGGUUCGGUUUCCAAAUACUGUUUGCAACACUCCCCAGUGCCCGUCAUUGUCGUGCGGCCAUCGACCAAGAGAGCAAAGACGAAGCGUAAGCGGCUUCAGGAUCCUACUCGGACGGGAUACCGCGAUCUUCUCGACAAGAGUGGGCCUGCCGGCAGUCACAUUCUAGAUACGCAUAACAGACACAGCAUCAUGCUUGGUGACAUUGCCAAGGAAGCUUCCGAGGAGGAAGCUGCGGCGGUUGCAAAAGCUGUUGGAUUCGUGCCGCCUCCGGAUCCUAGCCCGCUCGCGCAAGUCGAGAAUGCGGGAGUCCAAGAGGCGCCGAUGACGCCGGAGUACACGAGAGAUGAGUUCCUCAGCCCCGACAACUCGCCAGAAAUGGCGCGGGUGAUGAAGAGCCCGGAGCUUGGUGAUCUAGACAGUCCCGCGGAUAGCGGCAGCGACAUGAGCGAUGAGGAAGAGGGCGGUGUUCAAAUGAUACCGCCUCUCGACAGCGUGAUGCAGCAGCAACCUCCGACGCAGGAAAGCGAAGAAAAGACAGAGCCGGAGAAGGCAGAGCCGGAAAAGGCAGGGCCGGAUAAGACAGAGCCGGAAAAGGCAGAGCCAGAGUCAGAGAGAGCGGAGCCGGAGAAAGCGGAGCCGGAGCAGACGGAGGUGGAAGCAGAGGCAUUGCCGGACGAGGUCAGCAAGGUGAACCUCAACCUUACGUUGCCGCCUUAGGUUGGGUUGGGUUGUAUUAUUUUGUAGCGAGCAUACGAGUUUAGCAGUGAUGAAUAAUACUACGUACUUGAGCGAGACGAGCUAGGGCUC